UCUUGACACGUAGUGCGGCGGGACUGCGGGUUCAGAGGGUUACACGUAGAGAGAACAGCAGAGAAGAGAAUCUCUCUUUCUUUAUUAAGUGAUGAUUAUUCAAGACCAGCGUGGCACCGUCAGAUCAAAGAGGGACACAUGGCGUGGUACGAGUUUCAAGAUGAAAAGAAAUCGAAGGCCCCCUUCUCUUUUUCCUCAUUUUUUCCAAGGGACCCAUGGGUCUACCACGUGGUCACAAUCUAGCCGUUCCUUACUUUUCUUUUUAAUCUCCCUCUCUUUUUUCCUUCUCUCACGUGGUGACAAUCUAGCCGUUCCUUAUUUUUCUUUUUAAUCUCACUCUCUUUCUUCCUUCUCUCAUCACUCCCUUCCCUCUCUCGCUCAUCUCUCGCUGUUUAAUCUUUAUCAGUCUAUCUUCCUUCCCCUCUAUCCAUGGAAGCUUCAGAGAAUGAGCGACUCGAGCAAUCCGAAUCGUUUCUUCCUGAUUCUGACCUGGUUUCAUCUAGCUCUGGAUUCUCUUCUACGAUUAGUGUCGAUGAUUCUCGCAUCAGUAGUACCUCCGAUGACAUCUCCACUACGAGCGGUAGCUCCGGCGAAAUACCGGCGGCUGAGAUGCCGAGGAUUCUUGAGCCAGGUACCUCAGUAUCGUUGAGGACGAGAUGCGUGGGGAGUAAUAACGGUGUAAACUGGGGAUUCAAUUCAGUUAUCGGUAGACGGAAAGAGAUGGAGGACGCCGUGGCCAUUUUACCGGGAUUCAUGUCCCGCACAUGCGACCACGUGGGAGGUUGUACGGCCCCCGGAUUGAGCAACUCGGCGGACCCCUCGCCCGUUCAUUUCUUCGGCGUCUACGACGGGCACGGCGGCUCUCAGGUGGCAAAUUUUUGUGCGGAACGAAUGCACAAAGUGAUAGCAGAAGAAUGGGAUCGGGAAACAGUCAAUGGCUUUGAAUGGAAAAGAAAAUGGGAAGCCACACUCUCGAGCGCUUUUGAGAGGACUGACAAUGAGGUCACUACCGGGGAAGUAGCACCUGACAUGGUUGGAUCAACCGCAGUGGUUGUGGUCUUAUCUAGUUGCCAGAUUAUUACAUCCAAUUGUGGGGAUUCAAGGGCGAUUCUAUGCAGGGGGACUCAAACAAUCCCCUUAACUGUUGAUCAAAAGCCUGAUAGACACGACGAACUCAUGAGAAUUGAAGGAGAGGGAGGGAGGGUUAUAAAUUGGAAUGGUGCUAGGGUGUUGGGAGUUCUUGCCAUGUCAAGAGCUAUAGGUGAUCGAUAUUUGAGACCAUGGAUAAUUCCAGUGCCUGAGGUGACGUUUACGACCAGGAGUGAUGAAGACGAGUGUUUGAUUUUGGCAAGCGACGGGCUGUGGGAUGUUAUGACAAAUGAAGAGGUUGGGGAGGUGGCUCGCCGCUUGUUGAGGCGGCUUCGCAGAUCCAGCGUAAGUAAUGAGAUACCUCCAGCACAAUCUGUGGCAGAAAGUCUGACAGAAAUAGCAUAUAGCAAAAACAGUGAUGAUAAUAUUUCUAUUAUUGUUGUUGAUCUGAAAUCAAAGAGACGCCGCCUGCCAAGGCGAUGAGAAGGCGGCGGGCAUCAUUUUUUUUUGCCCUCCACUUCACACAUUUGGAUUAUAAGAACCUUCACCCAUCCUUCUUCUGUUUUAGGAAAGAACAGCCCCAUCGUGUCUCUUCACUAGAUAGUUUCAUUGAUCAUAAUUGUGCAGAGCAUACUGUUGGGUAACUGCUGUUGUGUAACUACCAGAACUGGUUUGUUACAUUACACCAGAGAUCAGUCCUUAAUUUAAGUACUGCAAAAAUAGCAAAAUGUUUGUACUUUCAUCUUUUUUUCAGGGAUACAAGGAGGUGCACUGCAGUUGGAAUUUGAAGUUUAUACCUGGUCUGUCAUUUUAAAAAGUUUGUUAACACUUCUAUUUGUUAAAUACCGUUGAGAAAUAUACUUUUUAUUGGAAUCAAA